AUGCCUGUUUCGUACAUCAAGCAGGUGCAAUCGUCUCGCGUAAAAAAGGAGGUUGCUGAACUUUCUGGGAAAAAAUUUAUUGUUUCUGUCGCCAAAGUUGGUAACAGAGAAACGUACAACGUGAAGUUUAAAUCUGACCACCCACUCUUUGCUCACAAAGUGAUGACCGUGAAUAUUGACAUGACAGGCGACUAUCCAUUUCGCCCUCCGGACGUUCGUUUUGCCCAUUCGCUCUACCAUCCAAAUGUUGAUCGUGGAGGAGAUAUUUGUAUUCCUAUACUGUGCUUUGAUAACUGGAAACCUGCUACAACACUAGGAGAUAUUAUGAUGUCGCUUCUGCAAUUGCUGGCAGAACCGGAUCUAUCCCGUCCCAUACGUUUUGACAUUGUAGAGGAAUACGUUAAGGAUCACGAGACUUACAAAAAGAAAUUGGCGGAGUGUCUUUCAAAACUCCCAAACGGCAAUCAGAAGCAUUAGCUUCAACGAGCUAUGACCCUAGCUAUGACUAUUCACACAUUGUCUGACUUAAACUAAUAAUUCUUAUCGAUUAAAUAUUUUACGG